UGAUGGAAAUAGGGCUCUUUCUAUCCUGGAUGAUCUCUUUAAGAUGUCUGGGGUGGUGCCUACAUCCCUUCAUCUGGUUGAAACUGCAGUGGAGGAGGUAGCCGGUCACUGAAAUGUACAGCAGGUUUUUGUAAAUGGAAAAUUUCCCAAAUAAAUCUUGAGUACUUAAUUGAUGUUCUAAGUAAUAUAACAACCGUAAACAUUUUUCUGAUGAAACAUUUUAAGUCUGCAGCUCAGUUAUUUUAAGCAGUGCUUUUGGAGCUUUUUAACUGUGUCUUAAAAUGUUAAUUUCUGAAUUGAGUUUGGCCAGAGAUGGAAGUCUAAGAUUUAAAGGACAAUGUAAAGCUUGGCAUCUUCUUAGCUGAUAAUCAAAAUAUUCAAGUAAAACGAAUUUAAGGAGGUUGGGUUUCUUUUGCUGUAAGUUGCUCUGCUAGCUGGGGCUUUCCCUUUGCUUUUCUCAUGGGGGUAGAUAAUUUUUAGGACUUCUGCUAAAAGUUAAACAGGCUGUUUGAGGGUUUAAAGGGAAUGUGUGUUUAGUUUCCAUUUAUGCCUUUAUCAUUAAACUCGAAGACAUUUAUGCUUCAUGUUCUUUAACCAUGUAGAGGAAGCAAGGGAAGAGUUGAGAGAACAGGUUUAUGACGCCAUGGGAGAAAAAGAAGAAACAAAAAUUACAGAAGAGAAGUCUCUGGUAAAGCCUGAAACUGAUAAAGAACAGGAGACUGAAAUGGAGAAGGGUGGAAGAGAAGAUAUGGAUAUAGGUGAACCUUCAGAAGAACAACAGGAAAAAGUUGAGUCAGCUCCAAAUCAAGUAACUGAAACCACUGAGGCAGCAAAAGGAGCAGCAGAACCAGAAGGAUUCAGUGAAGCUGAGACAAUUUCUGGGAAGCCAGAACAGGAAGAACCAGAUGCUGAGAAGGAAAAAUCAGUUUCUGGAACUGAUGUCCAAGAAGAGUGCAGAGGAAAAGUUCAGGAAAAGCAGGGAGAAGUAAUUGUGAGCAUAGAGGGAAAGCCCGAAGCUUCAGAAGAGAAGCCUGAUUUGACCCCAGGAAAGCUGGGCACUACAGUGGAGGUAGCAGGGCCUCUAGAUCCAGUAGUUAAACCAGUGGAUGUGGGUGGGGAUGAGUCAAAGGAGGAUAAAACUACCUCUGAAAAUGAGCCAGGAAAGGCUGUUCUUGAGCAGCUAGUAUUGCAAGAAGUACCUCCUGGAGAGUCACCAGAGGUGACAGCAGAGGCUACAGAAGCCUCAGCCACAAGAGCUAGAUCAGAAACCUCUGAGAAACUUGGGCAGGAGGCUGCAGUUUUCCCUAAGGAUGGUAUAUUCAAUGGACUGUCAAGUGCAGGUGAUCAGACUGUUACUGAACCACAGUCUGCUGCAGAAGAACUGACACAAACAAAAGAUAGCUUAGGAGUAGAGGAGGUCAGGGCAGAAUUGGUUAGCCAGGAGACUAAACAGUCCGUAGAAGAAUCUGAGGCAGCUGGAGAUGGGGUUGAGAACAAAGUAGCCCAGGGGGCUACUGAGAAAUCUCCUGAAGACAAAGUUAAUAUAGCUGCUAAUGAAGAGACAGAAGAAAGAGAAGAACAGAUGAAAGAGGGUGAAGAAACUGAAGGCUCAGAAGAAGAGGACAAAGAAAAUGACAAAGCUGAAGAAAUACCAAAUGAUUCAGUUCUUGAAAACAAGUCUCUUCAAGAAAAUGAAGAGGAGGAGAUUGGGAACCUAGAGCUUGCCUGGGAUAUGCUGGAUUUAGCAAAGAUCAUUUUUAAGAGGCAAGAAACUAAAGAAGCUCAGCUUUAUGCUGCACAGGCACACCUUAAACUUGGAGAAGUUAGUGUUGAAUCUGAGAAUUAUGUCCAAGCUGUGGAGGAGUUUCAGGCUUGUCUACACCUGCAAGAGCAAUACCUGGAAGCCCAUGAUCGUCUCCUUGCAGAGACUCAUUACCAGUUGGGGUUGGCCUAUGGGUACAACUCUCAGUAUGAUGAGGCAGUGGCACAAUUCAGCAAAUCUACUGAAGUCAUUGAGAAGAGAAUGGCUGUACUAAGUGAGCAAAUGAAGGCAACAGAAGGAUCCCCUGCUGAAUAUGAGAAAGAAAUUGAGGAACUGAAGGAACUGCUACCUGAAAUUAGAGAGAAGAUAGAAGAUGCAAAGGAGUCACAGCGUAGUGGGAAUGUAGCUGAGUUGGCACUGAAAGCAACUCUGAUUGCCAGUAGAAAACCAACAGAUGGUGCUUCUUCAUCAAAUUGUGUGACUGAUAUUUCCCACCUUGUCAGAAAGAAGAGGAAACCAGAGGAAGAGAGCCCCCGGAAAGAUGAUGCAAAGAAAGCAAAACAAGAACCAGAGGUGAAUGGAGGCAGUGGAGAUUCAGUCUCCAGUGGAAAUGAAGUUUCAGAAAACAUGGAGGAGGAGGCUCAGAAUCAGGCUGAAAGCCGGGUAGCAGUAGAGGGGGCAGUGGAGGCCGGAGCUACAGUUGAAAGUACCGCAUGUUGAGAAGGGUGCAUGGCCUUCCUCCUAAGGGAAAGUGGUUUUGUAUAUAGUGUAUUUUUUCACUUUUGGGGGAAUUCUUUUUGUAUAAUUUCAAUAAAGAUUGUAAGCAAAGGUUGAGGCUUUGACGAUUUUUUUCCCCUAAAUAAUGACUGGAUCUGUGCCUUGGAGCACUCCAGGAUUUACAUAGUGGCCAAAGGUACUUCCUUUCCCCCCACACUUUUAUACAGAUGUCUGUUGGAAGUUCUAAUUUAAGUUCUUACCUGUCUAAUGUUGAGGUGGCCAACAAAAGUGUGGUUAUGUGCUUCUCCCAAUGGUGCUCUAUUUUCUUCCAUUUUAAGUACCUGACUGAACCUAUCUAGCUGUUUUGCAAAACUUUGAUGUGCAUACUAUCUUUGGAUGAAGACUACAGAAAGUUAAGACUUGGUUUGAAGAUCCCACUCUUUGGUGCUGAUACCCUUUGGACUCCUAAUAAUGCCUCUUAAGCCACAACUUUGGUGGUGGUACUUGUUUUUCUAUCAACUGGGGCCAUAUCUUGUCCUAGUUGGAGAACUCUGAAGAACACUUCAGAAGUGAUCAUUGUAGAGACUUGAGCUUUCUGGUUUGAAAGCAGCAUUAAGAGACUGAUUUUGCUGGACACUGAGAUAUAACUGAAAGGAUUGCGGGGGGCAGGGGGUUGGCUGGCCCACCGACUUUUGUUUUCUGUAUACAAAGGUUGAAAUAUACCAACACACUAAAUUGUUACCUGUUUGCAGUUUUGACUUGUCAA